AUGAUGAUAAGUACGGUGCUGAGGGUGCGUGCACCUGUGUAUGCGUCAGUUUGUGCGCCUCGGACGAUUGCAAUUGGGUACAGAAGGUUUUACUCUGACAAGAAGUUGGACGCUGUGAAAAAGGCUCCAGAGACCAAGGUGAAGGAGAAAGAGCCGCUGUGGGAUAGGGUGAAGCAUGAGGUGAAGCACUACGUUAAUGGUACGAAGCUGCUAGGUUACGAGCUGAAGAUAUCUACGAAACUUCUUGCCAAGUCCAUGCAGGGCUACGAGCUUACGAGACGUGAGAGGAAUCAGCUGAAACGGACAGUGGGCGAUAUAUUUAGGCUAGUGCCCUUUUCGGCAUUUGUGAUUAUCCCAUUUGCUGAGUUGCUGCUGCCUGUGGCGCUGAAGUUGUUCCCAAACUUGCUGCCUUCCACCUAUGAGAGCACUUCAGACAAGCAGUCAAAGAGGAAGAAGCUAAUUGAGAUCAGGCAGAACACUUCCGAGUUUCUACAUAAGACCUUGGAAGAGUCUCAGUUCAUUAGUUAUAAAAACAUAGAAAACGAGGAGAAGAAGAAGACCUUCUUGAACUUCUUCCAGAAAUUGUACGCUUUGAAAGAGAGCAACAAGAGCACAGGCCCUAUUAUCUUUACUCACCAGGAGAUUGUGACAAUUGCCAAAAUGUUUAAGAAUGACACUGUGCUGGAUAACUUGUCCAGGCCUCAACUUGCCGCCAUGUGUAAGUUUAUGUCUAUUAGACCUUUCGGUAACGAUCCAAUGCUGCGCUACCAGAUUCGUUAUAAGUUGAAGAGUAUCAUGGAGGAUGAUAAAACCAUCGAUUAUGAGGGUGUGAAAAGCUUAACACCAGAAGAGCUAUACCAAGCUUGUGUCUCUAGAGGUAUGAAGGCCUAUGGUGUCUCCAAAGAAGAUCAAAUCGACAAUCUAAAAGUUUGGUUGGACUUGAGAUUAAGGAAGAAGAUUCCUUCGGUCUUAAUGGUUUUAUCAUCAACAUUCACUUUUGGUGGUCCGCAACAGAGCAGAUCGGAGGAUUCUAGUUGCAGUCUUCACCUAACCGCUACCGAACCUGAAGUCUCAGAGGAUGGUAAAUGCCUGAUCUUUGAAGGUGAGAAGAGCAACUAUGAAAAGCUAUUGGAUUUAUACUAUGAUGGUAUUUUGCAAGUGUUGAGCAGUAUCCCUGAUCCUGUUUAUAACGUCGCUAAAUUAGACCUAAAUGAGGUCGUAAAACCUGUUGAAACGAUUAGUGAGGUUGAGAGUGUCGCUGAAGAAGGGCCCUCAAAGCAAGAAGAGUCAAUUGCUAAGGAACUUAGAGAAAUUGCAAAAGAAGUUGCCGAAGAGCCAACUUUAUCUAAUUCCGCAAAGGAAACUAGAGAAGUUGAAGUUGAUAUGGAGAACAAAGCUAGUGAAGAAGCCGGUUUGGCUGAGGGGUCUUCGAAAAAGGAUGAUAAUGAGUUCAAACUAAACGUUUUGAAGGAGCAAGAAGAGUUGAUCAAAAAGGAACAAGAAGAAGCGGAAGCAAGGGCAACUAGGGAAUCAGUGAGUGAUGACAUAACGUUAGAUGAAGAAGAAGAGGUCAGCCAACCACCAGUGCCUUUAGAUCAAGCUGCAAAGACUUCAAUAACUAAGAAAAACUAG